CAGAGAGUGCCAUCUUCUGUCUCAAGCAGACUGUGCAGUACUAUACAGCUAGAAAAACCCCGGUUUAUGCUUGUUUUUUGGACUUAUCGAAGGCAUUCGAUUUGGUGUCGUACAAUUUAUUAUGGAAUAAGCUGCAUUGUGAAACUAAUGUGCCCACUGAAAUCAUAUCCAUAUUUAAAUAUUGGUAUGAUAAUCAGAAUAAUUGUGUAAAGUGGGCUGGCUCGCGGUCCGACAUGUAUGGGUUGCAGUGUGGGGUGAGACAGGGAGGGUUGAGCUCGCCCAAGCUCUUCAACCUAUACAUGAACGGGCUGAUCGGGGAGCUCAGCAGCACAUAUAUAGGAUGCCAUGUAGGUGGCGUGUGUGUAAACAACAUUAGUUAUGCUGACGAUAUGGUGCUGCUGAGCCCGUCGAUUGGAGCAUUAAGAAGACUUCUACACAUGUGUGAAGAGUAUGCGGUGGCUCAUGGGCUUAGAUACAACUCGCUUAAAAGUGAGUUUAUGUUGUUUCAAGCUGGUGCGGCCGGGAGUCAGCGGAAUGUACCAUCUGUUACUCUCGGAGGCUCACAACUAAAAAGAGUUCACCAAUUUAAGUAUCUGGGUCAUUGGGUCACUGACAGCCUGUCAGACUCUGCGGAUAUUGAGAGGGAGCGUAGGGCUCUGUGUGUUCGCUGUAAUAUGUUGGCUCGUAGAUUCGCACGUUGUAGUAAACCAGUUAAGCUGACGCUUUAUAAAGCAUAUUGUCAAUCAUUCUACACGUGCGGCCUAUGGGCUAGCUUUACGCGGCGGGCUUAUAGUGCAGUACGCGUCCAAUACAAUAACGCGUUCAGGAUGUUGUUCGGCCUGCCGCGACACUGUAGUGCAUCAGCCAUGUUUGCUGAGGCGCAGACUGAUUGUUUCUACACUAUCAUCAGAAAGCGCUGCGCCUCGCUGUGGGCGCGGGUGCGCGGCAGCUCGAACAGCAUUCUGCGCGCGCUGGCUGACCGGUGGGACUCCCCGCUGAUGCGCCGCUGGCUGCAGCUUCAUGCUCCGGUCACUCGCUAUGAAUACCUAUAGCGCAGGAGUCACACUGGAAGC